CAAAGUUGUUAACAUGCACGAUUUUAAUUAAAAUUUACGUAUAUAUAUUCUGCAUGAAGUGGACGAUUUGGUUAUAUACCAUAGCGUAUGCCAUUGCUGACUAUCACUAUGAUCUUGAAGGUGGUGUCUUUAUUUGCCUGCCUUAUUAUGGUGUCCAUGGCAUGGCAAAAUGACUAUGAUAGAAAUCUAGAGUUUGUCUGCCCGACGGGUCAGUCUAUAAGCCGGAUACAGAGUAAACAUCACAACCAUUACGAAGACAGAGUAUGGCAAUUCAGUUGUAGCAACAAAGGACGACUUGGCCAUUGUAAAUGGUUUUAUAAUGUGAAUGAAUAUGACGGUGUACUGUUUUUCCAAUGUCCCAACUUUGGACAUAUUGUUGCUACCAGAAGCCACCACGACAAUCAUCGCGAAGACAGAAGAUUUAGUUUUAAAUGUUGCGCCCCAAAGAACGGUUAG